AUGGUAGACGCCACAACAGGGCAUGAACUACUAUCCUUCAUGGACGCGUACAGUGGAUACAAUCAAAUCCUCAUGCACAAGGAUGACCAAGAGAAAACCGCUUUCAUUACUAGUCAAGGAAUAUACUGGUACAAAGUAAUGCCUUUUGGAUUGAAGAAUGCAGGAGCAACAUAUCAAUGGUUGGUGAACAAGAUGUUUGAAGAGCAAAUAGGGAAUACAAUAGAGGUCUACAUAGACGACAUGGUAGUAAUGUCCAAAAAGGCAGAAGAUCACGUCAGAGAUCUUAGAGAAGCAUUUGCCAUCCUGAAGCAGUACGGCAUGAAGUUGAACCCCACAAUAUGCACAUUUGGAGUACAGUCAGGAAAGUUCCUGGGAUACAUGGUUACGCAAAGAGGAAUAGAAGCCAGCCCAGACCAAGUCAAAGCCAUCCUAGACCUAGAGCGACCAAAGUCGAAGAAGGAAGUACAGAGCUUAACAGGGAAAAUCGCAGCAUUGAAUAGGUUCAUUUCAAAAUCUUCAGACAAGAACAGAGCCUUUUACGAAGUAUUGAAGAAAAAUAAGGAAUUCAAAUGGGAGCAGGAGCACGACGAAGCAUUUCAGAAGCUAAAAGAAUACUUAGCUAACUCAUUAAUUCUCUCUAAGCUAAGGAAGGAGAUCCACUCCAGCUAUACCUCGCAGUGUCUGAAGGGACGAUCAGUGGAGUCCUCACAAGAGAAGAAGACAAGGUACGAUAUACAAUACGAGCCUAGGACAACAAUCAAAUCACAAGCCUUGGCAGACUUCGUAGUAGACUUCAGCCCAACUCUUGAGGAAGAAGCACAAAAGGAAGUAUUGGCACUACAGGAACCAAAAGCUACACAAAAGUGGAUACUCCAUACAGAUGGCGCAGCAAACAUACGCAGAGUAGGCCUAGGAAUAGUACUGACAUCACCCGAAGGAGACAAGAUAGCACAAGCAAUAAGGUGCAACUUCAAAGCCACCAACAAUGAAGCUGAAUAUGAAGCGCUAAUCACAAGAUUAACCGUUGCAAAAGACAUGAAGAUACAACAUCUAGAGGUAAUUUCGGACUCCUUACUCAUGGUAAAUCAAGUCAACGGAGAAUAUGCAACAAAGGAUGCCAGGAUGAUAGCCUACCUGGAAGUCACAAAGAAGCUCAUUAAAGAGUUCAAGGAAUUCAAGAUAGAUCAAGUACCUAGAAACUUGAACACUGAAGCAGACGCCCUAGCUAACUUGGGAUCAAACAUCAACCCGGAAGAAUUCGGAGCUAUCCCCCUAGUGCACGUACUCUCUCCAGCCAUAGAGAAAGAAUCGACUGUGAGCGUCUACAAAGUGCAAGAAAACCCUACAGUAAAAGAAGGCAACAGCUGGACAACACCACUAAAAGAAUACCUCUUGGACAUGACGAAACCAACAGGGAAAGUAGCAGCUCAAGCACUUGCUCAAAAAGCUUCUAAGUACUGCCUAAUCUGCAAUGUACUCUUUAAGAAAUCUGUAGCAUGCCCCUUCUUACGAUGCCUAGAAGUAAAGGAAGCGCAACAGGUCUUACAGUCUUUACACAGUGGGGAGUGCGGAAAUCAUUCUAGAUGA